AUGGACCCAGCAAGCAUCACCGGCAUUGGACUAGCGAUUGUUCCCCUUACGAUCCAGUCGAUCAAAUCACUUAAAAGCACAGUCACUCAUUACAAAGGCCGCGAUAAGACCCUGGCUAGACUAUACCAUGUGCUUGAGGAUCUAAAUAACAUUCUAGAAGCACUAGAACGAGCUGUUGCCUCGGAAGCAUCGGCGCGAGCUCUUCUGGAAGGCCCUGUUAACCGAUGCAAUCUCUUAUGUCGCGAAUUCGAAACGGCCAUGCAAGCAUUUGGCGGGACGUCUAAGAUGGGCUUUAGAGAUUGGACUAAGAUGGAGUUUAUGAAGGGUGAUAUCAAUGAGUUCAUGGAUAGAUUGGCAGGAUAUAAAGCGACGAUUUCGGUAGGCCUAGGUACUAUCACCAUGCAAACAUCUAAACUCUCUCACAAAGUGCUUGAAGAGUACAACGAAAUGAUUCAAGAUACAGUUUACAGCCUCAACAUCAAUCUACAACGACUUGAUGGGAAAAUGGACCUCAUUAUUCAAGGAAGCAGAAGCGCCAGCGUUUCAAAUAAAAGCGUUAACCUAGAGGAUGAGAGGGUAGUAACGGAGCAAUGCCUCCAAAUUUGUCAAGAUGCUAGCUCUUACAUUGGGUCUUUGGCAGAUCAAGAAGAAUUCCUGAAGGAUCAAUUCGUCUCAGCACCUUUUGCUGGCAGGCAGGAGCUAUUCGAGGCACAAUUGCUUACGCGAAGAGCCUUGAAUGAGAGCAGAGACAGCAUUGCCCAGACCGUCGGCCGGCUUCAGGAACGCUUGGAGUCCAUGACUACAAAUGACACAUCCAAGAGUGACCUUGGAUAUCAACAAUUACAGGGUGAUUUACGGACAUCGAAGCAAUGUCUGGAGCUGUGCAAAAAAGCAUCCGAGCAGGUUGCGAAUCAAAAGGUCUAUACCGUCGGAGAGAUGGUUGCUGACAGUGACAGUGAUCAGGUGGUGAUCACAACUCUUGCAGACCUUUUUGAUGUAAAGAAAGCAUCGUCAACAAAUGGGUCAGCGCAGUGGAUAGGAUCCUUGUCCGAAGAAACGGCGCAACAGAUUUCUAAAGAUCGAUACGGUAGUCGCUUUGGUGCUGUGGUCACGAGUGGAACAAGCAAUAUCGUUAGCACCAUGCCUUUAACAACCAACACCCGCGAAGUCAAUAGCACUCUAGCGGCACGGCCUGGAAAAGCAGGGCAGUCAACGGCGCGAGAGGCAGUACAGAGACGGCCUUCUCCCAACGAGAUGAGAAAACGGGCAGCGGAAAACGGCGAUGAGAAGGAGGAACGCUGA